AUGGAGCCCCGUGAGGAGAACCUGAGACACAAGGAAGGCUCCACCUUGUCACCAUUGUCCUCUCAAGGAUGGGGGGCCCCAGAGCAGCAGGGCUGGGGCCAAGCCAUGAUCUGGGUGUCUUUGGGUGGGGUUCAGAAGCGGGAAAGGGGCGAGGGCCUGGCCCCAAAACGCAACAGGGCCAUCACGGCCCGGAGACAGCACCUGAAGAGUGUGAUGCUCCAGAUUGCGGCCACAGAGCUGGAGAAAGAGGAAAGCCGCCGUGAAUCUGAGAAGCAGAACUACCUGUCCGAGCACUGCCCGCCUCUGCAUAUUCCAGGCUCCAUGUCUGAAGUGCAGGAACUUUGCAAACAACUGCAUGCGAAGAUUGACGUGGCUGAGGAGGAGAAAUACGACAUGGAGGUGAAGGUGCAGAAGAGCAGCAAGGAGCUGGAAGACAUGAACCAGAAGCUAUUUGACCUGAGGGGCAAGUUCAAGAGGCCCCCACUUCGGAGGGUGCGUAUGUCGGCUGAUGCCAUGCUGAAGGCGUUGCUGGGCUCUAAGCACAAGGUGUGCAUGGACCUGAGGGCCAACCUGAAGCAGGUCAAGAAGGAGGACACCGAGAAGGAGCGGGACCUGCGUGAUGUGGGUGACUGGAGGAAGAAUAUUGAGGAGAAAUCUGGCAUGGAAGGCCGGAAGAAGAUGUUUGAGUCUGAGUCCUAACUGCCCACUGCCCCACCCCACUCCACCACUGGGAGAGCACCCAACAGCCAGGCUGGGAGUACCUGGCCUCAUGCCAAUAAAGGAUUUACAUCCCUA